AUGAGCUUCGUGCUGCUUUCGCUUGCGAGCGCCCUCCUCACCGAUGGUGAUCCGCGCACGUAUGUCGCCGACAACUGCGAAGACAGAGCGGGUGGAGAUCAGUGCCGUGCCUGGGCAAGCGAGGGCGAGUGCGAGGAGAAUGCGGGGUUCAUGCUCACCGAGUGCGCUGCCUCGUGCAGCGCCUGCACGUGCUCGCGGCCGAACCAAACGGCGGCCGUGGAGGUGGGAGGCAUCGGCCGCAUGUUUGAGCGCAUCGUUCAGAACUACCCACAGUUCGCGCCGCAUGUUGUCUCGAGGGAUCCGUGGGUGCUGGUGCUUGAGAACUUUGUCUCUCCGGCAGAGGCGGAGGCGUUCAACGCAGAGUGCUCCGACCACUGGCAGACCACGAUGAAUCCGGGCCAGCCCGAGAAGUGUCAGCCCAAAUCGCUCUCGUGCGACCACCACGUCGACGUUCUGGAGCAGCUCCCGGUUGUGCAGCAGGUGAAGCGGCGGAUCUCCGGGCUGACCAUGACGCCGAUGCCGAACCUCGAGAAGAUGCACGUCCAGCGGUAUGAGGUUGGGAUGGAGUUCACGGCGCACCACGACCAGGUGGGCCGGAUCGACACGCCCGAGGGGAUGCGCACAGCCACGCUCGUCAUGUACACGCUCGAGCCCGAGGAGGGCGGCGGCACCACCUUCAAGGACAUCAACUACACGGUGGAGGCUCGCUUGGGGCGCGCGGUUCUCUUCGCCAAUCUCAUGGACGCGAACGUGUCGCUGCCUGAGCUUCUCACGCACCACGAGGGAAGCGUCGUCCAGCGCGGCACCAAGGUUGCGGUGUCGCAGUGGAUUCGUCAGUACGACUGGCGCACGCCGAACAACCGCUUCUGCCGAGCGUCUAAGGAAGCAGCCGCACAGGGCGCCCUCAGGUCGUUCGACUAUCUCAACGACUACUUGGAGGCGAGGCGCGCCGCGGGGCUGCCUCACAUAGUGCCUCUCUCCCUCGCGGACGACUACGGGCGGGUCACCACGAAAGAGGCAACGGGCCACGUGGAGCGUGGGACGGCGUUGCUCGAGCGAGCCAUGCUGCGUGAGUCCAUCCUCCCGCUGCGACGCUCGCCAAGCCAGCAGGCGGACGACGAGGAGGAGGAGUCGACGCGCGCCAUGCUCCUCGAGGCGCUCGCGAGCUUCCGCGUCGCGCUCUCGGCCAUCGAGGCCUUUCCGAAGGUGAAGCCGCAGUACUCUGAGGGGGCGGCGCUGCUCGCGCUCGGCGACCACGAGGCCGCGCUGCCGGCGCUGCGGCGGGCACAGGAGGUCGAAGGCGGCCUGGCUCCACUCUGCAUCGCGGCCAGCCUCGGGCACGAGCUGGUCGUUCGCUUCUUGCUGCGCGAGGGCGCCGACGUGGAAGAGCGCGCGCGCGGCUUGACGCCGCUCUUCUACGCAUCGCUCUACGGCAGGGUGGAUGUCGCGCGCCGGCUCGUGGUCGCCGGCGCGCAGGUGGAUCGCGUCAGUGAGGGCGGGGGCACCCCGCUGCAGGCAGCGAAGGCCCAGAAGCACUGGGCUGUGGUCCAGCUGCUGCGGAUCGCUGGAGCGCUUGGGUAG